AUGACUGUGCCCACCAACCAGAUCAGCUUUGGGAGUGUCUACAUUCGGUGUGGUAAACAAAUUCGCAUCCGUAAAAACGUGGAUGGGUGGAUCGAUGGAUUUGAUUUUUUGGGGAGGGGAGAAGAAAAAGCGGUUGCUUGGUGUUAUCGGGGCCCUAGGACGAAUCCGGGAAAGCUCGAUCGUUCCCGCAUCUUUGGCGAGCUGGAUGAUCUGCCGAAUCUGUGCCUGCUUCUUAUCCUGACAGUGUACCUACAUAUUAUUACUGUGGCAUGGCUGGCCGGCGAGCGGCUUGGUCUUGAUGUCUCCCGCCGAGUAUGUACAUGUACCUGCUACAUCCAGCAUAUAGCUACACCCAUGUUACCAUAUUACGGUCAAGUUGCUCGCAAGACUCAAAACAUAUCAUUUGAUAUGCUACCGUCAGCUAGCGGCGGCCAGAGAAUCCUAACCCACAUCCUACCUCCCGCUCGCCAUCCCAGUCCGGGUGGGCGUUUUCUUUCCCAAGCCCCCCCAGCCAGUCAUAUAUCAUCAUCAUCAUCAUCAUCAUAUCCGACGUUCCGAGCCAGAAGACCUGCGCCUCCCCCCCCUCCCCAAGCAACGGAUCCGGUAUUCGGGCUCCAUCGCAUCAUGCUUCCUAGACGAGCGGGACAAGACAAGAUACUAGAAUCCGGGUCCUACGCUGCCUCGCGAACUGGAAAUGGUUUUCGCCAGCCACGAAUCAGAGAUCGUUACCAUCAAAAAGUCAUUUUUUCAAAUUCUUCUUACCUGGCCCGAGUACAAUAUGGAGUUGCGGCCAGUACUUGUAUGUAUCUGUGCUAG